CCAUGGUUAUAAUUGUUUACACUUGUUUGCGGCCAAUGGUCGAUCUUGAGUGAUAUUUUUCUCUUUUGCGUGCAUUGUGCAAGUGUUUAAUACGUAAUGAGGUCUACAUUUUGGUCCUUAAUGGCGCCUACUUUGCACCAGGGGCACUGCGUUACUACCAAUAGUGGCAACUUCGGUUGAGUCACUUUUUUGCUGAUUCUUACUGUUUUGUUAUUGCAACUUUCGAAUCAACUGAUUAAUUCAUGCAUCAAUGAAGAAGUUCUGAGCUAUAUAUGUUGACAAUUCGCGCAUUAUACUUGAUGAAUUAGAUACAAGCAGCGAGGUUUUCACUUAUCAUAAUAUGAGUCGGUGAAGUGAAUGUUUUUUAUUCUAAUGAUUUUAAAGCAUAACAGAACAACACGAUAGGAUAAGAGUGUAAGCAAAUCGGAGAGUUUACGUUUAGACUUGACGUGGUUCCAUUGAUAAAUAGAAAUGCUUACUUUUUCCGCUCCUUCAUGUGAAAAAGCGGAUGUUGUUGUGUGUUUCUGCGAUAAAACUUGAAAGAAAACGCUCCAUUGUCAACUAAAACGCUAUUUUUUCAACAUGUCAAGAGCAGACGCCCUCGGUCUAAGAUCUAGUCACAUAAGUCAUCUGACUUUCAAUCAUAACGAAUUUCUCACAGACGACGAUGUCAUUGCGCCCGAAAGCCCCACAAACAUGUGGAAAGUCAAACCCAUUUUUGUUACCAUUUUUAUGAUUGUACUCGUAAUAUUCGUGUCUGUGAUGACCAGUCUGAUUUUUUGUUGGUGCUUUCUAAGUGUAGUUUCCACCCAAUCCAGUUUGACUCGCCACACGACAUUUUGGAAAGCAGAUCAGCCUCAAACAGGUGACUUUUGCAAGACUAGCCAAGAGGGCGACAAAAACUUUCUUCAAUUGAACAAGACAACUUCUAACAGGGAUGAGAUUGCCUAUAUCGGUGAUAAGGAAAUAAGAUGUGAAGGAAUGUACUGGUUGCGAUUCAUGGCCCAAUGGAACAACUCUAAUGAUGCUUGCCAAGUUGAACUUUGUCUCCAUCUGACGUGCACAAAUAUUACGCCAAAAGUUGGAUCGUUGAUACAUGCUGAGCUGUUCGUGAAUCUAACGAAAACCAUGGUACCAAAGAUCCAAGUUCCACAAAACUGCAUCCUCUGUGGUGACCCUGCUCACAUCUUGAUGUCGGCAGAGUUUAUGGAUCUGAAAUGUAACUAGAGGUUGCGUGUCCAAAAACAAAUACCGUUUCGUCAGUGAUUUAUUAUUUAACUAUCGUGGUUUCUUUUUGUCAAUACAAACAGUUUGUUCUUUUGA